UUUUAAACAUUAUUUGCCUUUAAUGGAUGGAUUAGCAAAACGAAGUUCACGCCGUUCUUUGUUCGGUUCUGGACGGGCGCCUGAGACGGACGAAUGGUUAAAAGAGUUGGAAAACAAAAAUAUGGAGGAAAAAGUAAAAAAAUGGAAUUUUGAUUUUCGGGAAGACAAACCUCUGGAUACUAAUGAAACGUCGACUAGUCAUGUUUACGAGGCGGUGAACGAGGAGAAGGUCCCUUCAUUUUACCAUGCAAAGACUGUUGGAGCUUCUGGAGUUUCUCGUUCAUUAUUUAUUCAUCCAGCAAAGGUUACCAAGCAAUCAAAUGUGAAAAUUGGACAUGAAAUGGUGGUUAAAACAACAAUUACUUCAAAGUCGGAAGAAUGUGUUCCAUCCACUAGUGAAUUGAAUGAUGCACACGAAGAAGAGAAGCCAACAACAGUUUCAACAUCAACAUUGCCCUCUUCUUCAACUUCGCUUCCAAGCCCUCACAAGCGUUUACGCAAAGCUCGACGUAGUGAAAUUACUCCGCAAAAGAGGAAAAAAGUUGUUGCGACUUCAACAACUGGGAUUGGUAGGAAGCGGGCUAAGAGAGGAAUUAAAAUGGAGAAGGAUGGUUGAAGGUUGAAUUUUAAGAAAAUGAAUUUUGUUAAGACUUUUUUAGGUGUUCAGUUAUGUUCCUAGUCCGCAAUUUUUAAUUGCAAGUCGAAUAUUUCUAUUACUGAUUAUUUUGUGUAGCCAGGCCCGUAACCAUGGGGUAUGGGCGAAUUCCCCCCCCCCCCUCGAAAUGGGGAAAAGGAAAAAAUGGGGAAGUGUUUGGGCAAAAACCCUUAAUACCAAACCACUAAAACCCGUCGAAAUACCAAACUGGAAUUUUGCGUAUAAAAAUUGAGGACUGUGGUAACAUAACUGAGAAGACUCCAAAUUACUAGUAUCAAAAAUUGGGAAGAAAAAGGCAUUCACUAAAAAUUAAAAAAAUAUCUGAAAAUUUUUUUUUUUGAAAUUUUUAGAUAAUUUUUAGAAUUUGCUUUUUAUUAAAAUAGUAUUAGUAUUAUCCCCUGGUGUGCAUUAUAAAUUUAAUAAUCGCUUUAUUAUUACCAGAAAACUACUCUCUUUAAAAUUCCACUCAAAAUAUUUACCUAUACUUUUUUUCUACUCACUUUACAAUUUAUUGUCCGCAAGUUUUGUCCGCAAAAAUUUUAUUUUUUUUUUCUCUUCUUUUCUUUUAAACGUGCAAAAAUAUUUAUUAAAUUUUUGUCAUUUCUUUUUUAAAUUAAAAAAAAGUUCUAUUUUUUUUUGUUUUACUCGAUUUUUUUUG